AUGACUCUGUGUGGGAACCCUGGAUUGGACAGACAAAAUCGGACCUGUGGAUUCCUGGAUAUUGAGGAAAAGGAGAACAGUGAUAAGUUUUACCGGCGUUAUUUUAUCUUGGAUACUCAUGAGAAUUUUCUCCUAUGGUAUAUGGACAAUCCACAGAACUUACCUCCGGGAACAGUGUCUGUUGGAAGUUUGCGACUCAGUUACAUUUCAAAGGUUAAUGAAGCAUCAGUAAAGCAGAAACCAAAAGCAGAAUUCUGCUUUGUAAUAAAUGCAUUGUCCAGACGGUACUUUCUGCAGGCCAAUGAUGCUAUGGACUCGAAGGAAUGGGUCAUUGCUCUGAAUAAUGCCACCAAAAUUACGGUUCCAAAAGCAUCACCAGUGGCCCAAAGCUCUGAUGCCACAAAUGUUUCAAACCCAAGUCAGUCAACAUCUCGACAGGCGUAUAAAACAGAAAUUGUGGGAGGUGUGGUUGUGCACACGCCAGUCCAGCAGAGCGAUAAUGAGGACGUCUUCACGAGUGAACUAGGAUCACACGUCACUUUAAGGAGAUGCCAGAGUGUGCGUCCAAAUGUCGUGAGGUCUGGCUACUGUGUCAAGCAAGGAAAUGUGAGGAAAAGCUGGAAGAGGAGGUUUUUUAUUCUAGAUGACCAAACUGUGAGCUACUAUAAAUCUGAAAUGGAUAAGGAACCAUUGCGCAGUAUUCGAUUGCGGGAUGUGCUGAAAGUUAACGAGUGUCUUGUGAAAUCAGGCAAAGUAUUUUCUGGGCAGAGGAAGCCUCAGCUUGUGAAGUCCUGCUCCACUGCAGAUUCGUGGCAGCCAUGGACCCCAGUGCCCAAUCAGGAGGGUCAAAGAGAAGGGCCGUACAGCUCUCUCCCCUCACUCUCACACACAGGCCAUGCCUUUCAGUCAACGACUCGACAAACUCGACAACGGCACCAUUCCCAGCCUCAACUCGCUCCCAGCGACACAGACUUUCCUGACAGUCUUGACCAUCUCCGCACCACUGAUGUUUAG